AUUAAAUCACAUCGUAGAUAUCUAAUCAAUGUUCCUGGAAACAUCAAAUCACAAAAAAAAGUUGACUUUUGAAAAUGAAUGACUUUGGAUUCAUCGAUUACAAAAAGCCAAGUGAUGAGUGUAAGGACGAUAUGCGUACCUCCACAUAUCGGAGUCAUGUCUAUAUGACAGACACGAUGAUGGGGAACCAUAUGCAUGCCAAAUUCAAAGAACCAAAACCGUAUAGCAUAGACCCAACCUUGGAGAAACUGCGCACCAGCGACUACAAAGCCAAUUAUACAUGGAAAUAUGAUGACCCAAAUAAAGUGAUUAAUCCCUCGCUUGGUCCAAAAGUGCAACUAAUGAAAAAUUACGAAGAUCGACGUCUACGUUUCAUCAGUCGUCCAAUGCGACCAGCCUGCAGCACCAUGCACCAAGAUUUUCUUUGGAAUCCUAAAGCAGCACCUGUACCACCUACGCCUAUAGCUUUACCCUCCCCUGUGGCGGCUUCUAAAGUCGUCAUUAAUCGUGCUAAACCGAGUUUUUCAAAAUUACUCGAUCCCGCAGCAACCACGUCACGCCUCUCAUUUGUCCAUUACACGCCCGCUGAGUUGAUGGGUAGCGUGGCGCGACAUGACAAUAUAACAUUUUGGAAUUGGCCUAAAUAUAAUACGCAAAUCAAGCGUGUUUUCCCCGGACGCGAUGACACUCAAUGCGAUGACAAAGCUGCAAGGGAAUGCCCAAAACGCCAUUGUGAGUUCCCCAGCUUGGUACAACAUGUGCCCAACUCUGGCAUGACAACGGAGGUGCGUGCCAAUUACAUUGAGCCAAUUAAACGCACAAUCGACUUUGAAACUGCACACAUACACAAUCGUUUGGUAUACGAGCCAGUAACACCGUUAUCGAAGGAAACCGAAUACAAGGUGUACGGUUCCGGCGAGCGAACACUGAAAUAUGUCUAAAAAAUAUCUAACUCUUAUUCAAAUGCUUAUAUUAAAGUACCGUUAUUUUCAGAAUAAAUCGUAUGGUUAUACACUUAUAUACAA